GCAGUCGCCGAAUUUUUGUUGAGAGGAUUUUCCUGGCUGCUGCAUGCUACCACUGAUCCAUCUCUCAGUGGCUCCUAGCCUACUGAGUAGUUGUUGUGGAAGCUGUGCUAUUCAUUUGGCUCUUUUCGAUCUUCUCAAUGCCUUUGAAAUUAUUUAGGAAUCGUUUAGCCUAGAGAUGGUAACUGUUUGAAUUUCCCAACUACUCUAAAUCCUGCUCGACGCUCGUAGCCGGAGGAGGCGGCACGGCAUGAACUUUGCCUCUUGUUAUUCUGACCGUACCCUGAACUUUCCCGUGAGAAUUUGGGAGAAACACGAUCCUUCGGCAUGUUCGAAGUGCUCCUGUAGCUGUUUGUGGUAUUGCAGAUGCAGAGAGGUCGAGAAUCGAGCUGAUGUCGUGACCGAAAUAAACGUAUUUAGAGUGGAAUAUUGUUUGGGAGGAGCAGAGAGCCUUUGAAUUCCAGCAUAUUAUAUCAGCUAUUUGGAAACAUGGAAAAAGUGAAAAAAGAUGAGAAAGACCGGCCAGAAAAGGCUUUGCAGGGAAUUCCAUACAUGUGGAAGGGUUUCCUCAGUAACACCACGCCUUUCACCCACGAUGUCUUCAAGACAAAGAACAUCAUCAAGAUCUCACUCGGGAGCAAGCAUUGUGCAUUCUUAACUGACCAGAGAUCAGUGUAUACGUAUGGGAGUGGGGAGCAUGGCCAGCUUGGUCACAAGAAAUUCACAGACAUAACAAAACAGCCAAUGCUUGUGCAGGAACUGAAGAGCGAGAAUGUUGCAGAUGUUGUCUGUGGAAAUAACCACACUGGAGUGGUGUGCGAAGAUGGAAUUGUCUUCUGCUGGGGAGAUUCCACCAAUGGACAAUGUGGAAUUGGUGUGUCAGAAAAGAUCAACAUUCCCACGCAGGUUCAUAUAAGUGAUGCAGACUGUGACCCAGUGAUCACGCAGCUGUCCUGCGGGGACUCCCACACCCUUGCGAUGUCUACGCAAGGUGAAGUCUGGGCAUGGGGAACUGGCCCACAGCUUGGACUCUCAACCGGUUCCACUCCGGUGUUGUCCCCAAAGAAAGUCAGUGCCCUCAUGGGCCGGAAAGUCCUGCACAUGGCUUGUGGUGGUACCAUGAGUCUUGUGCUGGUCCAAAGACUGAAAUUGAUGCGGUCACCAGGUAACAAGUCAAAUGAACCAGAAGAGGAAGGUUCUGGAUCUAGUCUUACCUGCCAGGAUACAGGCUACACAAUGCAUGAUGAAGGUGACACUGUUAUCAUAUCAGACAACUCAUUGUUAUGCCCUGAUUCAGGCAACACUACAUCUAGGAGUAUAUCACCUGAUAGUAUCGAUGUAGCAGCUAUUCAGGCACAACAGGCAGAAUGGGCAGCUGCAACUGAGGCAGUGGAACUGAAACGGAGAGAUAGAGGGUCAACUUCAUCACAAGGUAGUAGUGAAGGUACAUAUACUUUGGAAGACUCUAGUGGAAACUUGAAGAGAAUCAAAGAAGAAGUGAGUGAGCAGAGUGGUAGCCAACCCAAUGGUGUUGCCAAGAAUGGCAUUGAUGGAGGAGAAUGCGCAGAUGAAGAUGAAGAUGAUGUCUUUACAACUUCUAGGAGCUCCAAAGAGCAGCUGGCUGAGCAGUUGAAACCUCUCAAUAUACAAGGGAGUCCAGUACAAGCUGUCACCCCUCAGCAACGACCUGGUCCUAGUACCCGCAUCCUGGCUUCGUUACCUCAAUCUGUGGCCCUACGACUGGAGAAGAUCAUGAUGCCUCGAACGAGCCUUACAGAGACUGUCUCAAGGGCAAGUAGCGACAACUCCAUCUGUGAGACCGAGCUGAUCAUCAGGGAUAAGGAUGCUCAGGUGUUAGAAUCAAGCUGUAACUUGCCAGAUAAGAAGCUUCGGACACUAUCUCCUGUGAUGGGUGGGCUGGAUGAUCUUGUCUAUCAGACUGAGGUGUGGAGCUUUGGCAAAGGCACCAUGGGACAGCUUGGACAGGGGGAUACACUUGACAGGCAUACACCGAGUAUUAUCAAGCAGCUUAGCAGUAAAAACAUUGUACGUAUUGUGGCUGGAGCAUCUCACUGUGUCGCUAUCUCAAGCAAUGGUCAAGUCUAUACCUGGGGAUGUAACUCUGAUGGCCAGCUUGGACACACUGGUCAACUUGUUCCAAAAAGAUUAAAGAUGCCAAACAACACACCUGUAUGGGAUGCAGCAGUAGGGGGAACACAUACCCUUCUCCUUGCAGAUGGAACCAACUGCAUGCCAGAUGUGUACUACUUAGGAAAACAACCAAGCCUUCAAGAAUUAAGGAACUCAAACAGUACUCCUACUCCCGAGAGUCCUCUACGGGAUGGAAGUGAUAAGUCAAAGAAACGGCCAAUGUCAUCAUCCAUCUCUAAGUCACCCACCGUCAAAUAUGCAGCCAGAGCAAAACAGCCUGAGAAACUCACCUUUCUUAAGAAGAAUGGUUGGUUACAGGCCGUUGCGGCUUCGGUUGACCAGUGUGCCUGUAUAGCUGAUAAGAGCAGUAACGGCUUUGUUGCAAUCACCCAUGAAUUUUCAGCCACAGAGAGACUUCUUUACAGUCAGCUUUCUUCCAUCAAGUCAUCUAUCAUCAAGACCUUACAAAGUUCAGAGGUUCAGAAGUCUGUUGAAGGAACUAUCUACAGUGGACCUCUGAGGCUUAUCCUAGAUCUCUAUGGAUCAGUGUGUGGCCUUGUUGCACAGAACUGUCUACAUCUGACAGGUCUUGUUCAGCGCAACAAAGACUUAUGGGAUGUAAUGAUGUUAAAGGAGAUUGGUCGCUAUAUUCAGCUCUUCCAGGAGUACGCCAAUGCUGUCUGUGAUUUCAUUACAAUCACUGGAUUCAACCACCUAGGAAAAAUUGCCAAUGAUGCCUUGGCCAAACAUGAUGGUGUAUUUACUGAAAUAUUAAAUGAAGAGAAACCUACAGUGUAUGGAGCUCCUCUUAGGAUGGCUAUGAAGCUACCAUUAGAUAGAAUCAAAUCAUAUUCAUAUCUCCUUACCAAACUCAGAGAUUACUAUCCAGAGGAUUCUGGCGAGUAUAGUCUUCUUAAUGAGAGUGGUGCAUCAUGGGAAGAAUUGAAGAAGACGUUAGAGAAGAAGCAAUCUGAUGCUGAUGACACAAGGACAUUCUGGGAAUCGUGUCCUGCUAAACUAGCGGAAUCCAUCAAAUCACCAGACAGGCGUUUGAUCCGUGAUAGUCGCACUAAGCCCCUGCAGCUUGCUAAUGCUAAACGACUCUCAACCCAUUGGUUUCUUCUCUUCAAUGAUAUAUUUGUUCAUGCAUAUGAAGACACAAAAGUCGCUCUGCCUCCCAUUCAAAAAGCACCUGAGCCACAAAAGUUUUCCAACCAUCAGAUAUUCAGCUUGGCCCUGGUAUGGGCUGAACCUAUUCCUGAUACAGACCAAGUCAUUAAUGCCAUACAACUGCAUAUGCCUGAAGAGACAUUAGUAUUACAAGCGCCCUCUCCUGUUGAGAAAGCUGAAUGGUUGUGGUCCAUCAAUCAAGCCAUUGAUGCUAUUCUUACAGCCAGUCAGAAGAGUCCUAGCCCUGAUAUCACACACAAAGAUGGAGCCUUUCAGAAAGUACCACCGAAGCGAACAAGACAAGGUCGACAUGCGUUUAGCUCAGCAGGAGUGCAUAAAGAUGCUGUUUAUGAAGGCACUUGGCUGAAUGGAAAAUGCAAUGGAAAGGGAACACUACGAUGGCCAGAUGGAAGGAAGUACACAGGUAGCUUUGUACAGGGUGUACAACAUGGUCAUGGAGUACUUACAGUGCCUGGACCUGAUCCCAGCAAACAAGAAAUCUUUGAAGGGCAGUGGCUUGAAGGAAAGAUGCAUGGAGUAGGCAUUCUAAGGUAUCAGAAUGGAGAUGUGUAUGAGGGUGAAUUCCAAGAUGGCGUCAAGCAUGGUCAUGGAACUCUUCAAAUUGGCAAUGCAGCCGUUCAUGACAUCUACAUAGGUAACUGGCGUAAUGGGAAACAGCAUGGCUAUGGAGUGAUUGAUGACAAUUCAAGAGGGGAAAAAUACAUGGGCCUGUGGCAGGAUGAUCGUCGUCAUGGUAACGGACUGGUCAUAACGCUAAGUGGAUUAUACUAUGAGGCAGUCUUUGCUCAUAACAAAGUCAAUGGUUCUGGUGUACUAGUCACUGAAGAUGGUACAUGUUAUGAAGGUGAGCUUGCUACAGGACCAACCCUCAAUGGAAAGGGUAUCUUAACUCUUCCAAAUGGAGAUGUAUUGGAAGGUACAUUCAAUGGUAUCUGGGGAGAUGGAGUGAAAAUAAAUGGUACCUUCAGCAAAGGCAUGCUGGAUCAACAAGUUAAAAGACCAUGUGCUAUAGGGAAGCAUACUGUACCCCCUGAUCAGAAAUGGGAAGAUAUCUUUGGUCAGUGCAGGACACAGCUAGGGUUUGUAGACUCUACCCCUCCUGACUCUCAUAAGGCUUGGGAAGCAGUCGCUGUAGCUCUCUCUAGUGGACAUAGACAGCAAGAUACUAAGGAAUGUUUGGACAGGAGGAUAUCACUAGAUGGUCUGGAGAGGAUACCAACCCAUAAUAGAGGAAAGAUUACACAAGAUGAUUAUACAUCCAUUCAAGACUACCUAGACAAGGCCUUUGACCAUCCUCUGCAUCCAUUGGGUAGAUUAGUUGAUAAUCUAGUCAAUGUCUACCGUGCAACCUAUAUAGGUGUAGGUGCUCAUCAUUGGUUACUCCCUUACGCUGUCACUGAGAUUCAUUCCUACGUCAAGAGACUCUACAAUCUCUUAAGAGUUUUGUUUCCUGACUUACCAAGCGAAGAGCCAAGAGUGAAGACCCCUGUAAUGGAACAGACACCUUCCUUUCAUUAUUAUUAUGACUAUGGUGAUACACAGUCAACACAAUCACAGAAUAUAUACCAUAGUAAUUCCAAGGAGAAAGACAAAGAUGACAUAUCACACCAGAUAACAAGCGAGGGCCUCCUUCAUCCAACCCUGUUACCACGACUGUACCCUGUUAUCUUCACUCUGUAUGCUCUUCGUAAUGAGAAGGAAGAUGAGAAUUACCGAUACAGACUGACUAGACUAAACAAACAAUCUGAUCUUGGUCUUAUGGCUUAUCUUGGUGUAGAUCAAAAAUUCUGGAAUGUAGACGAGACCACACUUGCUAACCCUGGAAAGCUGUCAGAGACAAAGGAUGCAUCCUUCUUAGAAGCCAUUGACAGUCUCCAGAACAUCAGUACAACCUUCUGUCCUAUUGAUAAGCUUCAUGUUAUAGAAGCAUCAUUUGAAGGAAUCAAUAAUGUCGUCAACUCACAACAUUCUGAAGGUCAUGUAUGGUCUAUGGAUGAUCUCUUCCCUGUGUUCCAGUAUGUCGUCGUCAGAGCAAGGAUCCCUCAUCUAGGUUCUGAGAUCCAGUUUAUUGAUGAUAUGAUGGACCCUAACCUGACCCAUGGCAAGCUAGGUAUCAUGUUUACUACACUCAAGGCUUGUUAUAUGCAUACUAAGAAUGACAAUCUCAAGGCAUUAUAGAUUGGCAUCCAACCUCUCUCAAGAUCAGCCAUUAUUAGCUUUCUUCAGGUGGACAUAAUCAUGGAGGAUUCCUUAUCAUUGAGGAUUGCAUGAACUGCUAAAUGAUGAUCCUUCAAACGGUGUUUGAAGGACAGUCCAAAUCAUUGAUUAGAUGGCAAUUCAUGCAUGUCCAUUUGUAAAGUUAGUCAUGGGAAAGACGUUGCUAUAAUCUUUCAAGUAUCUCUGAUUAUUUAUUCAGCAUGACUCUAAUAUAUGGAUGGCAAAUACUGGUGAAUCUUCAGGUCUACUUUUGACUAAUAUAAACUUAAAGACAGCUAUUAAACUAUGAAAUCUAUCCACCUGGCACUAAGAUAAUAGGAAGUGUUCCAAAUAAUACUUAGUCAGAUUGUGAAACUAGAUACGGCAUACAUUCAGUAAUGUCCAUUUCUAGAUGUUCAUUCAUAGUAUGCCGCCAUUGUCUGUAAAGUCAGAUUAAGCCAACCUAUAUAUUAGCAUACACUCAUAGGUACUCCUUCAUCGUACAGCUGCCAUUCUUACAGUUCUGCUCUUGUCAAGUCCUAAAGGUAUUGGUAAUUGAAAUGAAUACCUCUUUAGGAAACUAAUGAGAGGAAAAGAAAGAAAAUAGGAGAUUAUAGGAUUGGAUUUAUUCAGUGAUUAAUGGAUCAAAUUUUGGGGAAAGAAUGUCGGAAUAACUAGUGAGAACUUGGGUGUGUGUGUGCUUGUGUGGGAGAGAGAAAGUGAAGGGGGGGGGGGCAAUAUAAAGUUGAAUGAAAGGAUAUAUAAUUGAACCAAAGAGUAGUUGAAAUAAAGGGAAAGAAAUUAGUGUCAAAGAUAUGUGUAAUUCCUUUUUCUUUGUAUGACAUGUCAUGGAUAGUGGACUUGGAAAUAUUUUCGUGACUACAUGUAGACCCUAAAUGAAUCAUAGCAUUUUAAACUUAUAUUAGUACUGAGUACAAUUCUGAUAAGAUACUACAAUCACAUAAGGGCUAUCACAUUGUUGUCUCUAUGUCAAAAUUGGAUGGUGUGAAGGAAAAGUGCUCUGACGAAAUUCAAACCAAAAUUUGUGGCUAAAUGUGACUUGUUAUUGCUUUGGCUAGUCAGUCUGCUCCUCUAUAAUAGGUCCAUUUAUAUAUCACAGCUCUUCAUACUCUAUUGAGUUUAUGUAUCAAAUUGAUAAUGAAGUGCUACAUAGAUAAAGAAGAUAGUUGGUUUUAUGUUAUUGAGUUUGAUAGGAUCGAUUACAGCACUUUGUAAGACUGGGCCCAGGAGAGUAUUUCCUGUCUGAGAAGUUGUCAGACCUAACAAAUAUCCUUUGUUUUGAUUGGUUGAGAACUGAGAAGCAUAAUAUCCUAUGGUAACUGUUGGAUUAAGCAUACAAUGUCUCAUAAAGCACUAUCAAGUCCUGCCAUGAAAUGUAACCCAAGAGAUCACAGAUUUUCUGGUAGAUUGUAUACAGUGAUGUAUGUGUUAAUUUUGAAGCUUGAUAUUUAAACUAAUACCCAAAAGACAUGCUCUCACUGUACACAAAUCAUAUCAUUUCUAAUAGACAGGUCUUGACAUCUAUGGUUAAUGUGAAAUUAUAUGCAGAAAUGAUUUUGUCAUCUGAUUUCUUGGUAAUUAUGUGCCUUUGUAACUUUGGCAUCACAAUGGAAAAAAUUGAAUUUUAAUCCACUAUUUAAUAAUCAUUGGAUAUUUCUGCUAAUUGCUAUAUCUAGAGAUCAUAGUUAUUUUUUGUAUUUCAUUUAAUAAGGGGUCAUAAUGUAGAAUAUGCAGUAUGUUUAGAAUGUGUUUAUUAUUUACCGAUAUACCUUUUCCUCAACUCUCAUGAAAUGAGAAGUGUCUGUUUUACGCACAUAUGUCUUGGCAUUCAUCACAUUUUUACAUAUUGUAUACAUGAAUGUUCAUUUUUAUCUCUGAUAUUUUAUCAUUUUAUUUGUAAUUGACUUACUGCAUGAUGUAUUUGAGUAUAAUUCAUUGCAUAUAUGUGUAAAUGUCUAUUUCCAUGCUUGUAAAUUGUGUAUAUAGCUAUUUAUCUCUUCAACAAAAAAUGUGAAAAAUCUGUAAUUGUAUGUAGAAUGUAAUGAGCAUGUAGAAGGUGUUAUAUGAAAUUAGUACUGUGUGUGGCAUGUAGUUAAAAACAAUCUUGAUGUUUUAAAAAAUAAUAUUCAUUGACAAUCGAUAAAUGAAAAGUCAGGUAGAAAUGGCCAAUCUACAUAACAUUAAUGAAGAUAAUAUAUCUUACAUGUUUCUGAAAUCCUAUUCCGAGUAUAUCCAGUACAAAUGGAAGUGAAAUAUAAGGUGUUUUUACUGUACAUAUCGCUACUUUUUUGCGUUAAAUUAAAGACUACUUCAAAAGCUCUUAAAUGCACUCAUGAUUGAGGUUUGUGAUGAGAUAAUAAUUUGUAUUGAAAUGGGUUUCAUUGUUGUCUAUCUUAUUUAUAUCAAGGAUGAAAUCAAUUAUGUUGUUCAAGGACUCCAUUCUUCACAGUUAAUUGGAAUUUCUUUCAUGUCCACUGGUUUGUAUCUUAUUUAUGUCAAUGGUAAGAUAAAUUAUGUUGCUCUCCAGUUAAUUGGAAUUUCUUGUAAACUGAUAAAGAGAGCCUUGGUUUUAACUUUUGUUAGUGAGGUUUUUUUUCUGAAUAUUUGUUUUCUACAUGUGUAAAGUUAAAAUAGUCCCAUGGCUCACUGAUUGAUUUGGGCAUGUAUACUUAAACAUCAAUGUGUAUACUGUGUUUGACUUAUAAUCAACUAUCUGAUAAGUAGGGAUAUAUUGAACAUACAUGGGAUAAUGGCCCCAACUUGUUAUUUUUGUGAGAAAUAAUCCAAACCUAAAUAUUGCAAAAUUCUAUUUGUUAAUCAAUACAAACAUCCCUUUUAUCAAUUACAUAUUCCCAUGCGGCGAUUAUUUGAUAUUUGAUUUGUAUAUAAAAAUGAUGUCCCAAACAGUCCAACCAAACACCUGAAGUUUCCAGAUAGUAUUUAACAAGGUAUUCAUGUAAUGUUUCCGAUUUACAUGUAAAUGUAUUUGUCAAUCUAAAUAUGAAUGACAAGGUUGAUGUUAUUCAUAUUUUAUAUUUCAAAAACUUGCACUGUAAGUAAUUACGGUGCCAAGCUAAAGCUGGGGUAAUAAUAUCCAAGUCCUUUGUAAGCACAGAGAGACGUUAUAAUCAUGAUAAUAAUAUAGGAUUUGUAUAGCGCAGGUAUCCACCUUGCUAGGUAUCCACCUUACCCCGGCUAAGCUAGUCUACCGAUUCCAGUGCGCACAACUUUUUGAGGAAUUACUUCCUGCCGGUACCCAUUUACCUCACCUGGGUUGAGUGCAGCACAAUGUGGGUAAUUUCUUGCAGAAGGUAAACACGCCAUGGCUUGGAAUGGAACCAACGUCCUUCAGAUUGAAAGACAAGUGUCUUAACCACUAGACCAAGACGCCCCCACACAAAUGUGCUAUAAUGUGCUAUGCACUAUACAUGAACUGUUUAUAAUUAUUGUUAUUACAGUAUUAUUCCCCCUCCCCCCCC